UAAAGAAAGAAAACGAAUUCGCGGUUAACCUAAGUAUCAUAAAACUACGCCAAGCAAUAGCAGCUGCAAUGGAGCAAAGCAAUAACAAUGGAUACCUCAAUCCAGCUUAUGUGGGCUCACUAAAUGCCACCACGAUCUCCAUACCGGGAGCGUACAAAACCAAUGCAGAGACCACAGCCAAGGAAGCAGCGAAUGGUCAUAAGCCCAGCGAAACAACAACCCCGCAAAAGCAGACGGAGGAUGAGACGGAGGCAGACGUGGGAGAGGGCAUCAAACGCGAUGGCUGGAACAAUGAUAUUGAGUUUCUAAUGUCCUGCAUUGCUCUGAGCGUCGGGCUCGGCAAUGUGUGGCGCUUUCCCUUUAUUGCACUCGAGAAUGGCGGCGGUGCAUUUCUCAUACCCUAUCUGAUAGUGCUCAUAUUGGUGGGCAAGCCAGUCUACUAUCUCGAAAUGCUGCUGGGACAGUUUUCGAGUCGUGGCAGCGUUAAAGUCUACGAUUUUGCGCCCAUCAUGCGAGGCAUUGGCUACGGUCAGGUGCUGGCCACGGGCAUUGUGACAACCUAUUAUGCCACAUUAAUGGCCAUCACGCUGCGCUAUUUUGUGGAAUCAUUCUACCCCACACUGCCAUGGAGCUACUGUCGCUCCGAGUGGGGAUCCAGCUGCUUGGACUCGGCACCACAAACGCUGCCAAUGAGCGAAGCUAAUGGCAAAGCAUCCGAAGUCCGAACCACCUCAGCAGAGUUCUACUUUACCAACAUCAUACUGAGAGAGAAGACGAGUAUUGAUGAUGGCAUUGGCUAUCCCAGCUGGACUCUGGCAGUUGCAUUGGCUGCUGCUUGGCUCAUUAUUGCGGGGAUUAUGUUCAGGGGUGUUAAGAGCUCCGGCAAGGCGUCCUAUUUCCUGGCUCUCUUCCCAUACGUUGUCAUGGUCAUCUUACUCAUUCGGGCUCUCACGCUCCCCGGCGCUGUUGAUGGCGUGCUGUACUUCUUGAAGCCACAGUGGCACAAGCUAUUGGAACCCCAGGUUUGGUAUGCGGCCGUCACUCAGGUCUUCUUCUCUCUGGCCAUUUGUUUUGGCAACAUUGUGAUGUACGCCUCCUACAAUCGCUUUGGCCAGAAUAUCUAUAGAGAUGCCAAUAUCGUUACCACGCUGGACACAUUCACAUCCAUGCUCUCUGGCGUCAUCAUCUUCGGCAUAUUGGGCAACUUGGCGUAUGAGAACAAUACAACGGAUAUAUCGAAAGUUGUUAAUGGCGGACCUGGCCUAGCAUUCAUAUCCUAUCCAGAUGCCAUUGCUAAGUUCAAGGUGCUACCGCAGCUCUUUUCGGUGCUAUUCUUCCUCAUGCUCUUCGUGCUGGGCAUUGGCAGCAAUGUGGGCAUGGUCUCCUGCCUAACAACGGUGCUCAAGGAUGAGUUUGUCAGAAUCAAGCAGUGGCGCAUCGUGGUCUUCAUCGCCAUCAUUGGCUACUUAUUGGGUCUGCUGUACAUUACUCCAGGUGGACAGUUUGUUCUCAACCUGUUGGACUUCUUUGGCGCCACCUUCGUGGCCCUCGUGCUGGCCAUCUUUGAGCUGCUUGCCAUUGGCUGGGUGUAUGGAGUGAAGCGAGUGUGUCGCGAUGUUGAAUUUAUGCUGGGCAUCAAGACGUCCAAGUAUUAUCGUAUCUGUUGGGGCUUCAUUACGCCGCUCCUCAUGAUUACCAUCCUCGUCUACAUGCUCGCCCGAUACGAGCCCCUUAAGUACAAGGACUACACCUAUCUGCCAGGCGUUUAUGUUUUUGGCUGGUGCCUCAGCGCCUUUGGUGUGGGUCAAGUUCUGUUCUGGGCGAUAUCCGCAGUGAGAAGUCAACCCGCCGAGCUAAGCCUUUGCCAGCGCAUACGAAAAGCCUUUGAGCCACUGCCCAGCUGGGGACCCGCUGAUCCACACACCCUCAAACGAUACCAGCUCCACAUGGAGCAGGCCAAUGUGAGCGCAAUGUUCCAGCGCAGCGGUAUCUGGCACAAAAUCUAUGACAAUAUCUUUGGUUAGCAAUAAAAAUCUGUAGCAUUUAAUGCUCGUUGCAUGAACUGCUGCUCCGGCUCCGGCUACUGCUGCCAGCCUGCCACUGUUUUCGCAACACUAAACUGAGUACAGCGCAACCCUUUUAUAAUAAAAAUUCAACACAAAAAUCCAGGCUUAAGUGCCAAAUGUAGUCGCAGCGAUAGCUCGCCCAAAGCGACCAUGAUGUCAAUGCAAUCCAUUCGAGAUGUGCACGUGAUCAAGUCUGAAAUCGAAAACUGACAAAUAUACUGGGAACCAAUACUACUCGUAAACUCCAACAAAUGUAAAUGAAUUUCAGAGUUAAGUAAUUAUUUAAGUAACGUUAGCAAAUAAAUGAGUGCGAGUACAUUAAGAAGAAGGCGCGAUUAGUCAUAAGAUAGACAAUAAUCGAUAAUUUUGUUUCAAUUAUUAAUCAUAUUAUAUGUUAAAAGAAGUUAUUGUGCAUCUCAAAUUUAGAAAGACCUCAGCAACGUUUUCAAUACUCCUGUUUUUAAGCUAAAAAGUAAUGCCCUUAAUUCC